AGGAUUAUGUCAAAGUCAAGCCCUUAAUUCGAGAAAGACAAAGAUUCUAAGAACUGGGAGUUACACAUGACGUGAAGUUCACAGAACCAGAGAUGAUAAAUGGCUGGCAAGUUCAAAGUUGAGGGUUACAAAUUUUACGAGAAGCUUGGAACGGGAACUUACGCAACUGUCCUAAAAGCAAAGGAUGUGAGUGGACAGAAUGUAGCUAUAAAAUGUAUCAAGAAGAAGUCGUUGAGUAAAAGAGGGGCUGAUAAUCUGAUUACGGAGAUUCAAGUGCUGAAGGAUUUGAAACAUCGACACAUUGUUCAGCUACACGACUUUACUUAUGACGAUGACCACAUCUAUCUGAUAUUGGAGUUUUGUAAACUGGGCGAUCUCUCAAGUCUCAUCGCACAAAAUGGGAAACUCAGUGAGACUUUAGUCAAAGAUCUCAUGCAACAGCUAGCGCUAGCGCUGCGUUACAUGAACAAGAAAAAAGUUGCACACAUGGACUUAAAACCACAGAACAUUUUACUGACAGGAAGUAAGAAAGAACCUAAGAUAAAAGUAGCAGAUUUCGGUUUUGCAAAGAUCCUCAAAACCAGUGCCCCCUCCUCAGAUGCGUCCUUAAGAGGUUCGCUUCUCUACAUGGCCCCAGAGAUAAUCCUCUCAAGGUCAGAGUACGAUGGAACUUUAGCUGACAUGUGGUCUGUUGGGGUUAUGAUAUUCGAGUGUUUAUGUGGCCGCGCACCCUUCGCGUCUCGCACUUACGACGAAUUACUGAACAAAAUCGCUGCUAAAACCCCCGUACAAGUUGAGGGCGCUGUCAGUGCCAGUAAAAUGUGCAUCUCUUUGAUCGAGAAGUUGUUGGAACGAGAUCCCCAGUUCAGAUUGUGUUUUCAGAAGUUUUAUCAUCAUCCUUUCUUGGACAUGGAACACGCCCCUACCCCAUCAUCAUUACCUGCUGCUAGGGAUUUGGUGGAGGAAGCUGUUUGUCGAGAUAACGAGGGAGACUACGAGAAUGCUAUCAGGCUCUACACAAAGUCCCUGGAUCAUUUCAUGGCUGCAAUACAUUAUGAGGACAGUGAAGAGAGGAAGGAUGCACUUCGAGGCAAAGUUACCAAAUAUAUGUCCCGUGCCGAGGAAUUGAAAACUUUGCUCCGUGAAGGAAGGCCCCGAGUAGCGUCCGGUGACGAACUCAUCCCCAAUCAACUCCUAAUUCAGAUUUCCAACAAUGACUCCCAUUUGAAGGCAGCGCUGUCGAAGCUAAAAGUAGCAUUUGAUAAAGACGAAAAGGGCGAGUUUACGUUAGCACUGGGUCUGUACGAGAAUGCGCUGGAGGCACUCUUGAAAGUGCACAACAAAUCACAGGGACGGAAAAAGGAACUUCUCAGAGGGGAGGUGAAUAAACAUAUGAGACGAGCCGAAGAAAUAAAAAGCUUUUUGCAGACUGUCCGGAACGGAGAGCCGAGUCUGUACAACUACCACACUCUUCCCAACCCUCGUACUGCCGUGAGUGCAGCCACUCAGUCCACUCCCACUAUUGAGGACGGCCGACCACAGCGCCCUGCCUCUAGCGCUGACGUGCGGAACAGAGUAAAGUCAGCGGGGAGGGACGUAGAUAAAGGGGACGAGGUAGAGGAAGAGACAACUUAUUCCUGUUCAGUUAUGUGAAGGAUGACGAUUCCUCCUAGCAUUGAUCAAUUGUUCUAUGUUCAGAUAGGCCAACAGUGUCAAGACCAACUUCAUAGUUGUGAUUUCGACUUGAAUUUUGUAACGAAGUACAGCUUCGACUUGAGAUGUACGCGAACAGUUAAAUAGUUGAUGUUGCAGUUAAUUUGGUAUGGGAAAUUUGAAAUGUUAAAUUUUUCAUAUAAUCUUUGUAUUUAAAUGACCUCAUCUAAUGAGAAAGAAAGUAGCGCUAAUUAUUGUUGAAUAAAUAGGUGUUUUAUAAUGAACUUGUUGGAAAGGUUAGACGAUUAAAGUAGAGUGUUUAUCGAAAGAUUUUAUGACAGAAAAGUUUUUAGAGAUUUUAUAGUUCGUUGAUAUUGCAUUGAAUUGAGCUUAUUAGUCCAUAUUGUCAAUAUUUUUUCUGCUGUAAAGUUUGAAGCUGCAGAUUUAAGCAAAUUCGUUGCGUUUUUUCAUAAUCCGCUGAAGCAUUGUCCUCUUCAAUCUCAUGUCAGAUAUGCGAUAUCAAAACUAACAAACAGUUUAUAACGGUUAAUUUUGUCUAAUUGAUUGUAAAGUUUUUCCACUUAUAUAUCAAAAAUGUAUCAACAUUUGUUCAGCAUAUUCAAGUUAUCCAAUUUAAAAUUACAAACGUUUGUAAGAUAUAAACGCUUAAUUGUAAAGUAUCAAUCUUCUGUUUCAAAAAAUGUUGGUUUAUAAUC